UAAUCCCGUCUUUCUCUUUCUCUGUCUCUCUCUGGGCCAUGAUCCUGGGACUGUCGGUGGCUGAGGAACAGUGUUAGACACCUUCCCAACCUUUCCUCACUCAGGCCUCAAGGCUGGCUGAGCGGCUGGCUGCCCACGUGGCGCCCCACUUCCAUGUCUCAGCUGAAGAAUGUGGAAGCCCGGAUCCUCCAGUGUCUCCAGAACAAGUUCUUGGCCCGAUACGUGUCCCUGCCAAACCAGAACAAGAUCUGGACAGUGACUGUGAGCCCUGAGCAGAAGGACCGCACUCCGCUCGUGAUGGUGCAUGGCUUUGGGGGUGGCGUGGGGCUCUGGAUCCUCAACAUGGAUUCGCUGAGUGCCCGCCGCACACUGCACACCUUCGAUCUACUUGGCUUUGGGCGAAGCUCAAGGCCGACCUUCCCAAGGGACCCAGAGGGUGCCGAGGAUGAGUUCGUGACCUCAAUAGAGACAUGGCGGGAGACCAUGGGGAUCCCCACCAUGAUCCUUCUGGGGCACAGUUUGGGAGGAUUCCUGGCCACUUCUUACUCUAUCAAGUACCCUGAAAGAGUUAAACAUCUUAUCCUGGUGGACCCAUGGGGCUUUCCGCUCCGACCAACAGACCCUAGUGAGAUCCGUACACCUCCAACCUGGGUCAAGGCCGUGGCAUCUAUUCUGGGGCGUUCCAAUCCACUGGCUGUUCUUCGAGUAGCCGGGCCCUGGGGGCCUGGCCUGGUGCAGCGAUUCCGGCCAGACUUCAAGCGCAAGUUUGCAGACUUCUUUGAAGAUGAUACCAUCUCUGAGUAUAUCUACCACUGCAAUGCACAAAACCCCAGUGGUGAAACGGCAUUCAAAGCCAUGAUGGAGUCCUUUGGCUGGGCCCGGCGCCCCAUGUUGGAGCGGAUUCACUUAAUCCGAAAGGAGGUGCCCAUCACUAUGAUCUAUGGGGCCAACACCUGGAUAGACACUAGCACAGGGAAAAAGGUGAAGAUGCAGCGGCCAGAUUCCUAUGUCCGAGACUUGGAGAUUGAGGGUGCAUCACACCAUGUCUAUGCCGACCAGCCCCACAUCUUCAACGCUGUCGUAGAAGAGAUCUGUGACUCAGUUGAUUGAGCUGCUCUCACCAGAAGAGGAGGAGAAAGUCAGAGAGUUGCUCUCACCUCCCUGUCUGCUUAGUUACCCCUCUCUGUCCUUUCCUCACUAACUAACAUGUGCCAGCCAGGCAGAGUCUUGGGCUGUCCCAAGAUAGGACCACAGUCAAAAGGAGCACUCCUGAUCCCAUGCUGAGGGCUGGAGACAGAAGCCACCAGCGGCCUUGAGCUCCCCACCAUGGGAAGAACAUAAAGGGUUGCAGUGCCACCCCAUUCUCUCCAUGCCAAGUGGUACCAGAUGCUGGUUGUGAAGGGAUUGUACUGAGCCACACUGUGUCCUUUCUCUAGUAUUUGUGGGGUAGGUUCUAUGCAAGAAUAUCUUUCUUCUCCAUCACUCCUCACUCCCAUCCCAUGCCAGCUCCAUCCAGGGACUAGUUGAGAUCAGUUCCCACUUAACUACCAAGGGCAGGUCCUGGAGCUCCAUUCACCUGCAUAGGCCUUCCCAUGACCUUAAAGGACACAUCCAAAGCCCUCAUUGGCAAAUGAGGACACAAGCCACAACAGACGUGGGUGACACAGCUCUGUGCAAUCAAGCUCAGGGUCUGCUGACACCUAGUGUACAUUGUGCACUUGAUUUGCUAACGUUCAGGCCAGGCACCAUUGCCUUGGGGCUGGUCCUGCUCACUAAGCCUAUGCCUGCUCCAUAUCCUAGCCCCAUUACGCAGGAAUCCUAUUGCCCUACCCUGGGUCUUGGCCCUGGCUGCCUAAGCUGGGAUCACUCAAGUAUUUCUUUCUGUACCCCGUCUUCCUACCCAAUGGAGGCCUUUGAGUCUCCCUCUGUGCCUUGGGCCCUAAAGCCCCAUAUACAGUAUAAAUAGAGGAAAUAUGGUUCCUGGUGGAGAGGGAGAGAGGGCCCUUGAGCCCCAGGGCCAUGUCUGGAUUCACCAUGCUCACUGGUAUCUGCAGUAUUUUUCUACCUUCCCAUCAAAAGCCUCUGCUCCAGUAGAGAGCCUGGACCCACCCGCAGCCGGUCCCUCAUCAGCCACAGGAUGGUUCUCACUGCCAGAUCUUUGAUCCCUACCAUCUCUCCCCUGCCAUGGUCUCCAGCUCAUUCAGCCUCCAAACUACCUGUCUUCCUCUCUCUGGAACUCAAGCCAGGUGCUGCUCUGAGGUCUGGGCAGUAGGCUGGGCCUGGCCCCAGAAGCAGGGCAGCUCCUGCCUGCUCCUUCACUUUUGUAAAGCCAACCCUUUUACCAGAGUAGUAUUAACUCCUGGUGCUUUGUACUACUGGUCCAGCUGCCUUUCCUUUUCUAUAUUAAUAAAGAAAUGAGUAAAACCUG